AGUUGUUUUGGAUGUGCUCAGAGCACGUGGAGGCUCGAGGUAUCUUCCCUGUACUCUGACUGUAGUCACAGAGCGUCCUGCAGACUGCACACAGCUCCCAGUAACCCACUGGUUUUACAGGUCCACCACCAGUUCUGUGAGAGAUGUCAGCUGGAGGUCAGACCACUCGGAGCCGGGAAAUCCCGGCCGUCAGACGGGUCACCAUCGACGAUGCUGCUCACAUGCCCCAAGACUACUCCACGACUCCGGGAGGGACUCUGUUCAGCACUACGCCCGGGGGCACGAGAAUAAUUUAUGACAGGAAGUUCCUCCUGCAGUGUCGGACAUCUCCUCUGACUCGCACGCCUCCCAAACUGCCUGACAUCCCAGGCGUCACCAGGGCCCUCAAACAAGACUCCCCCAGCAACACAAACCAGCCUGAACCGACACCCACUAUCAAGACUGACCACGACCAGCACAAAGAGGAGAGUGCAGAAGACGCCCAGUUUGAAAUGGACAUCUGAAGAGUCGGCUCAUGGAUAGAAAAUAUUUUUAAUAUUUUUUUAUUUACUGAGAUGAAAAGAAUAUGAGUUGAAAUAGGGAGCUUAGUCUUAUAUACCUUUAUAAUCCACUUUCAGAUUUUUGCUGAAAACAAGAUGGUAUUUUUUUAAUGCUCUCUUAAGAGAGUAACUGAUGCAAAAAUGUGUUUGUUUUUUUACUUCUAAGUUCUCUUGACUCUGUAUGACCUGUGACAUUUUUGACAAGUCAAAGUCUGUGUAAAUUAAACCUUUACACCUUUAA